AUGGCUACGUCUCAAUCGUAUAUCCAUAUAAGACCUGCUUCGUUAUGGAAUAAUUUUAAGAAGUCUGCUACUAAAAAUGUUAAAAGUGUCCAAGAUCAUUCAAAUUUAUUGCUUCGAGUCCAAUUGCACAAGUUCCCAAGUCUUAUCGGUCAUUCUACAAGUAGGAUCAAUCGUCGUUACAAUGAUGACACCUACUCAAUCAAUAUGCUAAAAUUACCAUCUGUCGAACAAGAGAUAUUAUUAAAUAGAGGUGUGGGCCCAUUACCAUUGGAUCCUGCAAACUACAGAUCUGUUUUAAACAUGUCUGUGUUCGAUGGCCACGGUGGAGAUAGGGUCUCAAAAUUACUAGCUGAGAAUCUCCAUAAGGAAGUUUCAACUGGAUUCUCAGAUAUAUCAGAGUUCUACCAGUUACUGUUGGAUUAUAAAGACAAAAUUGGUGGCCCUUAUUGGGAAAAUGUUUAUGAGAAUAGGUUCAAUUUCUAUGAUAAAUUUAUUAAACGUUGCAAUACUAAACAGGAGCAAGUACUCUUUGGUUCCGAUAAUUCAGGUUCAAGAAUGAUUUUUGAUUCAUAUGGUAAUAUAAUAGACAAGACUGCUCUUUUGAGCGAACAGGAAAGAUUGAGAAUAUACUAUUCGUUCCUUAAGUUCGAUUUCUUGAAGUGCUGUGGUUUUGAAGACAGUACAGAAAUGCCAUUAAUAGAUCGUGCAAAACUGUAUCCUGGGGGUUCAACCGCAUCUUCAAUCUUUGUAUCUUCUUAUAUCCAAGAAGACAAUCUAUUGGAUGAAAGUUUUUUUGUAGAUGCAAAUGGUCUUUUGAAAUUGGUGGUAACUCAAGUAGGUGAUUCAAAGAUUAUACUAUGUGAUUCAAAUGGUAUAGCACAUAGUUUAACUAAGAUACACUCACCAACAUCAAGACGAGAGUCCAAGAGAUUAGAAUCAACCACUAAAGAGGAUUCCUUGCUGGAAGAGGAUUCCUUUGGAGACGUGAGAUUCCUGAACAAUUUUGCAAACACAAGAUCAUUUGGCGACCUCGUUGGGAAACCAGAAGGUUUAACUGGUGAACCUGAUAUUUAUUCAUAUCUUGUAGGCUCUACACGACGUUUACCAUAUACUGAAAAAUCCAAGUUACAAUUUGGUGGUGAUGAAUGUUUUGUCGUGUUAGUUACAGAUGGUGUAACGAACAUUUUAUCUGACCAAGAGAUAGUAGACCUAAUAACUUCAACCGUCAACUUACGUGGAUUGAAAACAGCAUCUCCUCAGUAUGUUUCGGAAGAAGUUAUUAAAUUCAUUAUGGCUGUUGCUGGUAGACAUGCUGAUAAUGCUACUUGUCUUGUACUUCGUCUACCAAACUGGGGGAAUUGGCCUGCAAUUGAUAGAUCCGGUGCAUCAAGAGAGAAUAAAUUGUUAAAUUCAUCCUAA